UAAUUGGUUAACAAGCAGUCUCUUUAAGAUAAAACCUAGAAAACAGUUCUGUAAAAUCUAUGGAAGACAGUAAGUCUCUGUUAUAUCAGACUGUUAUAUCUGUUCAUUAUUUUCAUUCCACUUUGCCACCCAACAUAACAUUUAUAUCGUCAGAUACUUAUACAUUUAUAAUUGUUAUACAAGGUCAUAAUUUCAUUGGCAUCAGUUUUCUGGUAGCCUCCGUUAUAAUGAAUGUCAUAUCCACACAUCUCCUGACUCAAGAGGAAACUGUAAUACCUGCAUGGGAAAGAUCCAACUUCCUCAAUCUGAAUAAUAUACUACAUUUUAAUUUUAUAUCUGUCUUAGCAUUGCCUCAAAGUUUACUAAGAACAAAAUCACACACAUGCUCUUACGCACGCACACACACACACACACACACACACACACACACACACACACACACACACACACACACACACACACACACACACAUGCAUUAAGGGCAUUGUAUUCAUAUCCUUGUGGAGAAUAUCCAUUCACUUCUAGCUUAUUCUAACCCCCCCACACACACACACACACACACACAACUUUGACAUGGGUUAGCGAUUGGAAUGGAUGGAUGAAUAAUGGGAACCUAUUUAAUUACCUGGUUGAAAUUUUUCACUUAGUUUGAAUUUGCGUUGGGGCGGGGGAGUGUCCAGGAUCCUCAAUAAGCCGCAGGGAGCACCCCCGGAGUGUUCUUGUGAUUUAGUGUUUUUGGUCAGCAAUGUGACAACGUUCAAAGAUCUCCUGUUUCUAAUCGAGCUGAAACAACCCAUAAGCAUUUAUGGUGGAAUUAUUUAAAUUUAAAUGCAUUAAUAAAGAAGUCACUAAGGAGACUGUACUGGAUUCGUAUGUUUUUAUAUGAAGUGGGGUUUUUUUGGUAUUUGUAUAUGUUUCAUUCAUCUGAAAGUACUCAAGGACCAGUCAAAUGAAGGAAAAAGAAAGUCAGCUGUGCGCCUCCCCAGGCACAUCGAAUGGGAAGCGUCCGAAAGCAGCCUUUGGCUAUGACGUAAGGGCAGGCGCUUACGCGACUUUUCGAACGGCGCUGGGGCAGAAUCGUGCAGACUUCGCUGGAGAGUGACCGUACCGGCGGGACGGGGCUGUUUACGAGCUGUCGUCUAUGGGACAAUGCAAAACUUCGAGUUUUGAUUAUAGUGAUAUUCGUAGAAACUUGCGUGCAGGAAUUCGGGCACUUUGCUAAUCUAUUCUUCACCACGAGUAGGGUGGGAUCGGGCAGGGUGGCACGCGUGAAGGAAAGCUGGAUGGCUCGCCGUGGUCAAUCGCGGAGCUGCUUUUAACGUCUCAGCACUUUUUGAAACUCAGAAGAUCCGAGGAUCCACAAAAUUGCAUUUCUUUUUUUCAUGCAUUUUUUCCAGCUGUUCAUUUUAGAGGAUGACGCUGUGUGUGCCUUUGAUGCAGUUUGCGGUAUUGGACCGUUGCUUCUGUUGUCGUGCAAUGGGGUAUGACUGACGAGUCUAAAAAGCGGCUGUGGAAAAAAGAAUUCCAUACUUUCUCUGCUGGCUCGUUAAUGCUGGAGACCGCUACUAGGCGGCUUUCGGGUAUCGAGCCACGGCGCCAAUCCAAGCACAAAGAGUGCAGUGAUUCCCUGAAUGGACCGAUGGUUACCCAUCUAUGAAAACACGUUUCCAAACUAGAAGCGCUGGCAAGCGGCGCGCAGCCAUGCAUUAGUGCUGCUGGAAAGGGCUGUUGCAUGCAGUUGUGUGUACUCUGUUAAGGAAAACCAUUUUUAACUUUUAAAAAAUGAUUUCCGAGGAAAGAAACAGUUUCAUAUCCAAAGAAGCUCUGACCUUCCCGGUGGGCAUACUUAUUAGCUCACCAAAAAGACGACUGGCGAAGCUGGGGAGGAAGCCGAGCAAUAGCUCCAGCACAUCUGGCACCACCACGAGAUCGGCGGAGAGCGCCAGUGUGAGACAGCCGGCCAAGAGCAAGAUCCGGCGGCACAACAACCGGCUCUCCACGGUGUUUACCAGGAGCACCUCCAUGUGGGAGAGCACUCAGGGCUACUCUGGUGUGGAGGGAACCAUGCUGGUGACUGAUGACCCUUCUGAGCUGUCCAAUCAGAUAUCCACCCCAGGCAUCCUCAAAGUCUUCGGCAAUGACAUCUGCAAAGGGGCCCAUUACAAGAGUGUGCUGGCCACCACACGCUCCAGUGCGAAGGAGCUGGUCAAAGAGGCAGUUGAGCGGUACUGUCUGGACAAGGCCGCCGCUGGGGACUAUGUGCUGUGCGACGUCAUCGGGCACGUGGGCACAGAUCGGCAGUGGAAGACGGAGUGCUCGCGGGUGGUGGGCGACAACGAGAAGCCACUUAUGCUGCAGUCACUGUGGAAACCUAAGGAGGGCUAUUCCCGCCGAUUCGAGAUCCAGAGACGGGCCGCCGUGGAGGAGCGCGACGCGAAGGAGGUGGACACCGUCACAGCAGGCAUAAAUGCCCAGGCGCGUAAGUUGCAGAAGAUCCGAUCCCGCGUCGCUUCUGCCUUUGGCAGUAGAGGACGCGGCAGCGGCGGCGGCGAUGGCGAUGGCGGCCCAGGCUUGUGGAGGAGCCUGAGUGAGAUGAACCUGCCCGCUGAAGGCGAGGAGGCCGUGUGGGAGUGCGGGACCCUGGCCAGGGGGCACGUGCAGUCCGAGGCCGACAAGGAGACCUGCUGUCUGGGCGCAGAGAAGGAGGACACGGAAAGCAGCGACGACAACGGCACGCAGUACUCCAUCCACCCCCCGUUCGACUUCCCCUACUUCCUGCUCCUGGAGGGCUACAGCUACAGCCAGGAUUUUCUCAUCUACCUGAUGACUGGGUCGGGUACCAUCUUUGGCCGAUGCAGUGACUACUCGACAGGCGAGGAAGUGGAAAGAGCAAACGUGGAUGUUCACCUUGCGGGACCAGACAUCCUGCCCCAGCACUGCUGCGUAAGGCGUGUGGAGGUCUCCAGCCUGGAGGACAGGAGGAAGGCCAUCACAGUGCUGCGUCCUCUCCAUGGUGCCCUCAUCAAACGCAACGGCAUCCUUCUAAAAGAUGAGGUUGAGCUCCAAUCUGGCGACCUGAUCCAGCUGGGAAGUCACUAUACCUUCAUGUUCAAGGACCCCACAGCCUCUCCAGAAUGCCAAACACGCCUCUGGCUAAGCAAGCCCCGCUGUGCCCAGACGGGGUCGGUCCUCUGUCACACAUGUGGCUCCUCUCUCGCCGAGACCCAAAAGAGGCAACCGGGGUCGGAGAAUACCCCUCCCAGCCUUAAAGACACAGAUGGCCGAGAUCUCGUCUUGCUGUAUCCGCUGGAACUGGAAGACCGUAUCCUUCAGGAGAUUAUCGCUAUGGUGGAUCCCCAGAGCGCCGAGCCCAAGCUGACGCCGGCAUUCCUGCUCUGCCUGUGCAUUCAGCACUCGGCCACUCGGUGCCAGACAGCAGACCUCCGCCGCCUUCUCCUCCGGAUCGCAAGCCAAGUGCAAAUCGCCAUGUGGGAAAAGACCAAAGAGCUUGCAGCAGUACAGCCAGAAAUGGGCGCUAAUGGUGGGCAGGCAGAGUCAGGAGAAGUGCGCCUGCCCACGAUGGAUGAACUGAUCCCAGGCCUGCAGCCGCUGGUCCUGUGGAUGGCUAACGCCAUCGAGCUGCUUCACUUCAUCCAGCAGGAGGUACCCAACCUGCUGCCGUGGAAUCCUGAAGGCCUGGUGGAUCUUGAUCUAUCGCGGUCGGCAAUGGAGGAGUCCGUGACAGUCUUGGAGGAAGUCAUCAUGUUUACAUUCCAACAGUCAGUCUACUACCUCACUAAGACUCUCUAUGCAGACCUGCCCGCCCUGCUGGACAGUAACCCCUUCUCAGAGAGCGGCCAGCUGGCGGAUCCGGAGGGCGUCAGCAGUGUCCUGGCCAUCCUAAAGCAGACCCUGCAGCUCCUCAACUCUUUCCAGGUGCACUCAGAGAUCACCUCGCAGCUUUUCGCCUACCUCUUCUUCUUCAUCAAUGCCUCACUCUUCAAUGCACUGAUGGAGAGAGGUUCUGGAGGCGGAUUUUACAAGUGGUCAAAGGGGGUUCAGAUCCAGGCUAAUCUGGACCUCCUUAUGGACUGGGUACAGGGCAUUGGACUGAGUGACUUAGCGCUGGACUUCUUCCAGAAACUCUCCUCAGCUGUCAACCUUUUGGCCACACCCAAGGAGCACCUGCUGCAGGCCUCCUGGAGCACAUUGAGGAGGGAAUUUCUGCACCUGAACCCAGCACAGCUGCACCACAUACUGAUGGAGUAUGAUCCAGGAAGGGUCUGCCCGGCUGGCUGGAAUCCCACCCCAGACGAAGCUGAUACAGCACAGAGUACUGCUGAUAUCCUGGAGAGUUUCGAUAACCAUCCACCACUAAUCCUACCAAGCGCCAGCUUUCAUCUAGAGCUGGGGAAGUCCAUCAAACACUCCAGUCUGUGCAUGCAGUUGGGUAAACUACAGGGCAUCAUCCAGAGUCUCCAUACUGCAGUGUCAUCUGUCAACCCCAAGACGCCACUGCAGCCAGUGGAGCGAAGCCAGGCAGUAACUCCAGAAUCCUCUGUGGAGGCAGAUGUUUCUGAAACGGGAGCCGCCCCAAGAAAAGAAGAACCCCCAGUCCAAAUGUCAAAGGCACCUAGCACUGGCCCUGGGGAUCUGACCUCUUGUGAGGCAGUUCUGACCUAUAAGCUGAAGAAUCUGGAACUGCAGAACACCCUCGGCACAGACGGAGACCCGAGCUGCAGUAAACGGCUGGCCUUGGACCCGUCUUGUCUGCUAACUCCACCCAACACACCUCAAGGUCCGGAGCUGGCAGAGGCUGAGGCUGUCCUGCACACACUGGGUAUCAGCCAAGAACUCAUUAAUCAUAAAGCUGAAGAGGACAGCCAAACUUCUCGCUGUGUUGAGAGGAGUGAAGGAGAGGAAGAUGAGGAGGAAGAGGUGUUUACUGUGGAGCUACAGAGGGGUCCCCAGGGUCUUGGGUUGGCCCUAGUGGAUGGAAUGAAAACAUCACUGAAAGUGAGUGGGAUUUAUAUCAAGUCAGUGGUUCAGGAAUCUCCCGCUGCUCUGUGUCAGAAACUGAGUCAGGGAGAUCGCAUCCUGGCUGUCAAUGGCCUGAGUUUGGUGGGAAUGGACUACACCAGCGGUCGGGAUCUCAUCCGCACGGCAGGGGACAGGCUGCGACUGCUGGUAGCUAAAUCAGAGCUGUGUAGCAGGAGCUCGCCUGCUAAAUGCUGAAGGGGGGUUGGUGUGUGUGUGUGUGUGUGUGUGUGUGUGUGUGUGUGUGUGAGAGAGACUUCCAACUGUCAAGGACCAGCAAAUGCUCUUGUAGACUUGUCGGGGGGGGUGGUUUGUCUUGCUAUCAAAGGAGAAUGUCAAGAUAAUAGACUGUUUCAAGUUCCCUUGGGACUUCUAUCCUAAAGAUACUUGGGUUAAUAAACUGCUGGAGGAAAACGCCUUCUCUCAAAGAGGAUAUUGUGUUUUUUUUCUACGGUCUGCUUCACUUAAGAACACCAUUGCCUUUCAUUUAAUUUCAUUUCAACCUUUGCAUCUUAUGGGUUUUAUAAGUUGUGGCCAAAAGCUCAACUUUUUGAAACUUUAAAAAAAAAAAAAACUGCUAUGUAAUUAUGAAUCCAGAAUUAUGGAAUUCUUCACGAGAUUGCGUUGAUUGCAUCAAGGACACCGGGACAUACCUGGAAUCUAAUCUCGAAGACGGAGCAGAAGCCAAAAAUACUUUCUGCUGUAGCCUAAAGAACCAGCCUUUCUUGCGUUUGAAACCUUUCCAUCUCAACUACAAUAUAUUACUGUAUAAAUAAUAUAUUAUCUGUACAAUAUAGAAUGUACUUUGUAUUUAAUACAGCUAUAGCAGUAUGUCAAUAUGCCUAAUAUGUAACCGAAAGAUUAUUUCAGUUAUGAAGAAUACUAUCAAAUACUGUCCUGAUACAGCUGAAGAUGGGUAAAGUGAAAUUCAGUUACGGCCAUAGCAGGAUUUACACCUUAGUCUGUGUUUUAUGUGAGAACAUUAUCCGUAGUAUUAUCGAUAAAAAUGUGUUCUACUGUUUUGAGGGCCAAAAACAUUAAAUCAGUACACUAAUGCUUCACAGUGAGGCAAUACUUCUCCAAUUGCCUCUGACCUAGUGAUUUUUUUACCGCACAUUGUGAAAUAGAUUGCAGCACUAAAAGUGUCUUUUGUACCUGAAAUUGCAUUUUUGGGUAAUAUAGUCAGAAGUGCAAUUGGUUUUGAGCAAAGGAGUACUUAAUUUUAAAGCUUUAAAAUACUGGCUAAAAUAUGAGCUUCUUUUAAAAAUUUCAGCACCUUGGUACAGAAAGAGCUUACCUUGCUAGUUCUACUGCCCUGUCAUCUAGGCACCUACUAAGAAUCACUUCACAUACACACUAAAUUUAAAUGAUGAGUUUAACUUAUCUGUAUCUGUCAAAAUUAAAUGUUUUGUUAAAAACUGAUGGUUGUUAUUGUUUGUUCCCAUUUGGCAUUUAAUACUUUACCUUGUAUUUUUUUUUUACUAUCCAUUGCAUUGUCAUAGUUCUCUUUCAAUAAUUGCAUGCUCUUGGUUGAUAUCGAUAAAUGCAUCCAUACAGGCACACAGAAAAUGUAAAUAACUUGUCAAACUGGAAAUACCAUAAAUAUGUUUGUGUAAAUUUCAAAACAAGCCCUUCGUUGUUACCAGUAAACAGUGUUGAUUGGAAAUUUCAUUUACAAAUGUUUGUGUGUGCAAGUACCUGUUGAAUCAUCUUUUAAACCUUUCCUAAUGUGGCCAAACUGGAUGACUGAAAAUGUAUCUUUGCAAUAAAAUGACUGUUGUUGUGCUUUGGUA